CUGUCGUAUUAAUGAAACCCUCAUGCUCGCAUUGAGCUCUCAAAGCCCAGUAGUAGCCGCUUAAGAAGGGCAAGCAUCUCUAUGAACGUUCCAGAUACGUUUCGUAAUUUCUAGUUCCACCGUACCCAAGCUACUCCAGUCUCCAGUUACAGAUCUGAUCUAGGGUUUGCUUUUGCUCUCUCUUAAACUAGAAAUGGCAAUUUCUUCACAGACGAUUGAUAUUUUAGGCGAACGCCAAACCGGCCAAGACGUUCGUACACAGAACGUGAUGGCGUGUCAAGCCGUUGCCAACAUUGUUAAAUCCUCGCUUGGUCCUGUUGGGCUUGACAAGAUGCUUGUUGAUGAUAUUGGUGAUGUAACCAUAACAAAUGAUGGUGCUACAAUUCUGAAGAUGUUAGAAGUUGAGCACCCGGCUGCCAAGGUACUUGUGGAGUUGGCUGAGCUUCAGGACCGAGAAGUGGGAGAUGGGACAACAUCAGUGGUUAUUGUGGCUGCAGAGUUAUUGAAGAGAGCAAAUGAUCUAGUGAGGAAUAAGAUUCACCCCACAUCUAUUAUCAGUGGAUACAGACUUGCAAUGAGAGAAGCCUGCAAAUAUGUUGAAGAAAAAUUAGCAGUGAAGGUGGAGAAGCUGGGAAAAGAUUCUUUAGUGAAUUGUGCUAAGACAAGUAUGUCCUCUAAAUUGAUUGGCAGUGAGAGUGACUUCUUUGCCAAUUUGGUUGUCGAUGCAGUACAAGCAGUGAAGAUGACUAAUGCACGAGGGGAAGUUAGAUACCCAAUCAAGGGAAUCAAUAUUUUGAAAGCUCAUGGCCAAAGUGCAAGAGAUAGCUACUUGUUAAAUGGGUAUGCAUUGAAUACUGGCCGUGCAGCCCAAGGAAUGCCACUCAGAGUUGCCCCUGCAAGGAUUGCUUGUCUUGACUUUAACCUUCAGAAGACAAAAAUGCAAUUGGGUGUGCAAGUCUUAGUCACUGAUCCCAGGGAGCUUGAGAAAAUCCGUCAAAGAGAAGCUGAUAUGACAAAGGAACGGAUCGAGAAACUUCUGAAAGCUGGUGCCAAUGUUGUUUUGACAACAAAAGGAAUUGAUGACAUGGCACUGAAGUACUUUGUGGAAGCUGGUGCUAUUGCUGUUAGACGUGUUCGAAAGGAGGAUAUGCGCCACGUUGCCAAGGCUACUGGUGCUACCAUGGUUUCAACAUUUGCUGAUAUGGAAGGUGAAGAAACAUUUGAUUCCGCACUUCUUGGAUCUGCUGAUGAAGUGGUAGAGGAGCGUGUUGCUGAUGAUGAUGUGAUUAUGAUUAAAGGGACUAAAACUACAAGUGCUGUCUCAUUGAUACUUAGAGGAGCAAAUGACUAUAUGCUUGAUGAGAUGGAUAGAGCUCUACAUGAUGCUUUAAGUAUAGUCAAGAGAACCCUUGAGUCAAAUACGGUGGUAGCAGGUGGAGGUGCAGUUGAAGCAGCCUUGUCUGUGUAUUUGGAGUAUCUUGCUACAACCCUUGGAUCCCGAGAGCAGUUGGCAAUUGCUGAGUUUGCUGAAUCUUUAUUAAUUAUACCAAAGGUGCUUGCUGUGAAUGCUGCCAAGGAUGCAACUGAAUUAGUUGCAAAACUGCGGGCAUACCACCACACUGCACAAACCAAGGCUGAUAAGAAACAUUUUUCAAGCAUGGGACUAGACCUUUCAAAGGGCACCAUCCGAAACAACUUGGAAGCAGGUGUUAUUGAACCUGCAAUGAGCAAAGUGAAGAUUAUUCAGUUUGCAACUGAAGCAGCCAUAACCAUUCUUCGAAUCGAUGAUAUGAUCAAGCUUGUCAAAGAUGAAAGUCAAAACGAGGAGUGAAUUGGUUUGCUUUAAUUUCGACAGCAGUCAUGCAUCAUAUUUAGUACAAGAAGGGGUGUUGGGAUGUCAUUGAUUAGAAUUGAAGAGGUCUCUCUGGUUUCAUGUUGGUGCCUCAAUUGAAUUAAAACUGGUGACAGGAUUUUGUUCUGUUUUGUAAUGUUUGUUUGUUUGUUCACUUGCCGAAAACUGGAGACAGGUUGGUACUUUGUGGUAGAUCUCACUGACUGGCAAAUUUUUAUUAAACUCGUAGAAGAUGGUUUUGAUAUUGACAGGAAACAGCUGGAGCUAGAAAUCUUUCAUUAAAAUCUAGAUUUUUAUAAAGAAUCUCCUUGCUUA